AUGUAGCAGUAAACAUAAUCAUAAUUUACUUAAGUUAAUUUGCAUGUCCAUGUACAUAUUGCAAGAAUAAAAAAGAGCAGCAAUAACCUUCUGUCCAUGAUUGUAAUUAAACUGAAAGAGAGAAUGAAAUAUUGAAAGCCGAAAUCGCAAAGCUUUAAUCUUAUGCGAAUUCUAAAGGUAGUAUUUAAGAUAUAUAGUAGUACCUGAAUUUUAAUAAUUGCUAAGAGAUAAUUAGUAAAUGAAAAAGACAUUGGAUUAAAUGAAUUAAUAAAUUAAGGAAUAUGAAGAGGAAAUAUAGAGAUAAAAACAAAUAAUAGAUAGAUUAAAUUUUGAUUUAGACAAAUAAAAGAGAGAUAAUGAAUAGUUACUUCAAGCUUUGAAUGAUAUAAAAUAGAGAGGUUUAUCAUAGGAACAAACUCUAUUGUAAGAUAAUUAAAGAAUGAAAUCCACAAUUGAUUCUCUAAACAAUGAUCUAAGAAGUCUGUAAUAAGAGAUUUAUAGAUUGAAAUAAUUAAACGAUAAAUCUAGAUAUAUCUAAGAUGAAUCAAAUCGUUAUUAAUAAGAAAAUUAAGCAAAUAUAGCUAGAAUUCGUUAGUUAGAGAUGUAGAUAAGAGACUUAAUGUCAAAGGAAGAAAGUUAUUAGGUGUAGAUUACAAGAGCUACUUAAGGGGCAAGUUCUGAGAAUUAAUUAUUGAAAGAUCAGAUAGCUUAAUUGAAUUAAUAAUUGCUUAUGUUGUAAAAGUAAUAUUAAAAGUAAUUGGAUGAUGCUAGAUUGGAUCAUGAUAGAAUGAUUGCGGAUUAAAGAAAUACUAUAAGUUUGUAAAUAAAAGACCAAUUAUAGAGAGAUUAAUAAAAGUGGAUGGAUGAAAGAGAGGCUUUACUUCAUGAAAUUUAAUUAUUAAAAUAAUAAUUAGCAUCAAAUGAGUUGUAAGUAACAAGAAAAAGGUAAUUAUUGGAGGAUGAAGCAAAUAAGAAUUAAUAGUUGAUUUUAGAGUUGGAAUAAGGAAAUAGUUAACUUUAGAAUAAAUUGAGAGAUCUUUAAAUAUAAUUGUAAUAGUAUGAGAAAGAUAAAAUGCGAGCUGAUUAGUAUUUGAGAAAAAUUGAUGAGUUGUAGUUGUAAAUUGAAUAAUUACAAAGAUAAUUAUAUGAUUUGACAAAUAAAUAUAAUAACUUAUUAGGUUAAUAUGAAUAGAAGAAGUAUUAGAUUGAAUAAUUAAAUGGAUAAUUGAAUGCAAGUUAAGAUAAUGAAAAAUAAAAAAUUAUGAAUUUGGAAAGAUAAAUAAGAGAGUUAUAAGAUUAGUUGGCUGAUAUGUAAAGAUUAAGAUAGUAAUUACAAUAGAUGAAUGAAAAUUAUACAGCCUUAUAAAUUACAUUCAAGAAUUCAUAAAAGUAGUUAUCUGAUGCAGAUGAAAUGAGAUAAGAAUUAGAUGCUUUAUUAUAAGAAUUAGAAUAUUAUAAGUAAUAAGAUAUGAAAAGUAAAUAGGAUUUAGAUAAAUAUAAGUAGUAACUUAUUUUAAUAGAAAAUAAACAAAAUUAAUAAGCUAAUUUUGAACUUGAAAAAUUGAGAAAAUAAAAUUAAUAAUUGGUUGAUGAAAUAAAUGAAUUGAAGAAUAGAAAUAAAUAAUUAGAAGUAAAAUUAUAAUAAUAGAUUGUUCUUAUAACUCAGGCCUAAAAUGAUUUAUAAGCUCAUUAAGCAUUAAGUGAGAAAUAAUAAUAUGCAUUAAAUGAGAGUAAUCAAUUAAGAGUAAAGAUUAAAGAACUAUUAGAUGAAAUUCAAUAUUUAGAAAAAGAGUUAUAAAAGAAGGAUAAUCUUAUUUAAGAUUUAUAAAUAAGUUUGGAUCAAUUUGGUAAAUAAAGAGAUUCAUUCAUAUUAAUUGAAAAGGAGAAAAAAGAUUUUGAAUAUCGAAUUAUUUAAUUGGAAAAAUAAUUAGUUGAAUUUAAUAUGUACAAAACACAAUUUUUAGAUUUAUAAAGUAAAUAUAAUAAUUUGGUGUCAGAGUAUGAAAGUUUAAGAAAAGAUUAUGAAUUAUUAAGAUACAAAUAUGAUGAAAUUAAUAAUUAGAAUUUAUAAUAAAAAAAAUAAAUCAAUAUACAAAUAAAUAGUGAAUUGGAAGCAUUAAAAUCUGAGAUGUAAACAUGGAUUAUCAAAUGCAAAACUUAUGAAAGUGAAAUUAGUUUUUUGAGAUCUUCAAUAAAUGAUUAUUAAGGUAUAGAGUAAGAGUAAGAAAUGUUAAAAUCUGAUUUAGAAACUUGGUAAAUCAAAUUUGCAGAAGCUGAUAGAGAGAGAAUUUAAUUAAGAUAAAAUAUUUAAGAAUUUGAAAAAUUCAGAUUUAAAGUAAGUGAACUUGAAAGAGAGAUAUAAAAUUAUAAAUACAAAAUUGAGAAUGUUGAAAAAGAACGAGAUAAUGCAAGACAAUAAUUAAUUAUUACAUAAUAAUAAAAAGUUUAAAAUGAUUAAAUAAAAAAAGAUUAUGAUUCUUUAUAUUUCAAAUUAUAGGAAUAAGACAAGGAAAAUAUUUAAUUACAUAAUGAAAUUGAAAAUUUAAGAUAAUAAUUGAGUUCAUCUUAAUAAUUCAAAUAAGAAUUAAUAUUAAUAGAGUAGGAGAAAGCAUAAUUGUUAUACAAAAUUAAUGAAUUUGAGAGAGAAAGAUAAUUAUUAAAAUAAUAGAUUUAAAGUACAAAUAAUAUUAAGAUGGAAUCUGACAGUUUAAAGAGAGAGUAUGAUAUGCUUAGAAUGAAAAUGGAAUCAAGUGAUAGAGAGAUUUCAACUUUAAGAUAACAACUUACAAUGGCAAACAAUUAAAAAUUAGAAUAUGAUAGAUUGAAAUCUGAAUAUUAGUAAUUUAGAAUUAGUUUUGAAGAAUCAGAGAGAGAGAGAUAGAAUUUAAAAUAAUAAUUAUAAAUGGGAAAUAAUUUAAGAAGUGAAUUGGAUUAAUUUAGAAAAGAAUAUGAUCUAAUUAGAUUAAAAUUUGAGGAAAGUGAAAGGGAAAAAAAUUAAUUAAGACUACAAUAUCAGAGUAGUUAAAGUAAUUUUAAUGGCUAUAAAGCUUAAAUGGAAUAAUAGAGUUUAUAAAUAAGUUAAUAUUAACAAUAGGAGAUGGUAAUGAAGAGAGAGAUUGAAAUGUUGAUUUAAUAAAUUGAUGUAUAUAAGAAAGAUUAAUUAAAUAAAUAGUAAUAAGUAUAAGAAUAUUAAUUCAAAUAUUAGGAAAUUAUGAAAGAGUAUGAAAUUUUAUAAAGUAAAUAAAAAAGUGUAGAUGUUGAUGCAUUGAUGUAUGAAAUAUUUGAAUUAAAGAAAUAGUUAGCUUAAAAAGAUAAAUAAUAUGAAUAUGAGAGAUAAGAAAUUAAUGAACAAAAGUUUUAAUUAGAAAAAAAUGUAAAAAUUAGAGUGGAAUAGGAAAUUAGAAUUUUAAAUGAGAAAUAUAAUAUUGAAUUGAAUGAAUUAAGGAGGUAGAUAUAAAUUGAGAAAUAAGAGAAAUUAAAAAUGGAAUCUGAAAUGAGAAUUAAAUAUGAAUAAUAAAUAAUAUCACUUUAAUAAUAAAUUAAACCUGCUGUUGAUGUGGAUGCUUUGAUGUAUGAGAUAUUUGAAUUGAAAAAAUAAGUAGUUACAAAAGAUUAACAAAUUGAAUAAAUAAAAAAAGAGCAAUAUCAAAUUAGAAUUUAAUUAGAACAAAGAUUUAAUGAAUAAAAAUUGUAAUUUGAAUAAGAAAUUAGAAUGAGAUUAGAAAGAGAAUUAAGAAUUUCUAUAGAAUAAGAUGUGAGAUAUUAGGUUGAAAAUGAAUACAACUUUGAAUAAAACAUAUAAGAUUAUAUUUUAUAGAUUGAAAAAUGGAAGUCUGUUUGUUAGAUGAGAGAUGAAGAAAUAUCACAUCUGAGAGGUUUGUAGUAAGCAUUGAAAGAGAAAUUAAAUCAAUACACAUCUGAAAUUGAAUCAUUAAGGACUCAAUUAGCUUUGGUAUAAGGGGAUAGAAGAACAGUAUAUUAAAUAAAAUGAUAUCAUAUAAUAUUUUUUAUGAAGG